GGCAGGACCGAGCUGAGUUGGCCCGGGCGGACGAAUGUUCCUGCCCCCCGGGGUGCCUCGGCCGGACACUCCGCCUCCUCCGGACCUGGCCGAGGCAAGUCGGGGCCUGACCCGUGGACUUGACAUUUGCACGGUUUGUUUGUAUCGUGAAGAUGCCAAGUACGUGUAAUGUAGCGAGUCAACUUCCAUCUUUCACUCCCCAUCGUCUCCAGAAUAAUCUCCCCAUCAAGCCCAGAGCUCGGCUUGUCACAAGACAAAAAAUCAAAAGUCAACAAAUUGCUUUCCAACCCCACCGUCCCUAUCAAUUGUCCCCUCCGCCUCCGCCUCCCCAUGUCCAGACUCCAAUGUUCGUGUGUCCCAGAGUGGAUUCCGCUUGGCUCUUGGUGGGAACCCAAACCAAAAAAAAAAAAAAAACGACCCAAGAUUAGAUGCAAUGCACCAUUGGCACUCCCAUCCUCCCCUGUCAGGAUCUGUAGAUGGGGAAUCACAUGCCAAAUGUCAGCGCAGCUUUUCCCUCUCGUUUCUUCGCCCGUCGCACUUUCGAGCCUGAAUCCCGGCCGCGGGGAUCGGCCCACGAUGCCGAUCGUCGCAUGGGGGUCAACCAUCAACAUUAACCAACUUGUAUCUACGAAGCUCGGUUUCCUUCAAUGUUUCCUGCUGUUUCCUCAUUGGCACAAGCACGAGAUGUCGCGGCAACGCGGCGUGCGGUUGUGGCCCGCGCCGCGGCAGACGCCAGAGAUCCCGUCUACCUCACUAGGUAUAUCCCGUUCGCCACCAGACCCCGGCCGCCGCGAGUCCUUUACGCCGUCGCCAAACUCAAUUGCCUUGCUCCCCCGAGGGACAUCUGAUUUUGCCGCCUUGCCUGAAAGUGUCAUGGUGCUGCCGUUGUUGUCUUUCUCGAGCAUCUGCGGCUUAGUGAUGAUCCCCACGACCACUGACAUGUGCUCGACUCGUUAACAAUGCUUAUUGUCCCAAAGCUCGUCUCUGAGACUCUCUUCGCAGAUGCAGUCUGGUGCAGAGAAGCCACACGUCUCCAUGGCAGCCUCCUUGGAUGCGACCCUACACCCACCUACGCGCAGGUCAUCAUCCAGCAAAGGGACCAGGUCGAGGGGCUGCAGGCAGUCUGCUAGUCCGUGGAACACCAACUUACUAAUGAAGCUUGCCAGACAGUGGUCCCUG